UAUCGCUUGAACAUUUAAUUAUAAUUUUUUGAAAAGUUUUUUUUGUUAAAAAAAUUAAAAUGCAUACAUAUGAAUUCUUGGAUGUAUUGUAGACACAUAUAUUCUUAAUAUCUAAGCAUAUGUAAAGAGUUUACUUUAGUUUUUAACCCUAGUUAGUACCUUCGAACUCAGCUCGUCCAGUGGAAUAUGUAAGAAAAAAUUGUGGCUAGAAUAACUCGAUCUAAAUACAAAUUGCUUACUAAUAUAAACUAAAAUAAUUAUGUUUUGGCAUUUUGAUAUAAUUUUUUUUUUGUUAUUGCCAUAAUUUGGUAUGGAGUCACAGGCUCACAACCAUACAACCAAAUGACUUCCUUACAAGUAACAUAAUGUUUUGUUUUCUUCUAGGGCCAAUAGAGCUUUGGGCAAUAAGGGAAUUCAAGUUUCCUUUCAACGCAUAUCGAGAAAAGGAACAACACUUGCAUUUGUUUUGAAUAUAAGAGAGUCUAUGAUUGAUGCCAGGUAACCCGACCUCUUGUGACGAGCAGAAGACAAUGCAGUAAUGUUCAUAGAAGAAUCAUAUAUAUAUAAUAGGGGCAAAAAACCAUGAUGAAUAUGAUAAACAACCACAUAAACAUUACCACUUUGUUCUAAGACAAGAAGUAGAGUCGGGUGCAUAUCAAGCAUGUAAGGCUCGAAAAAAAGGAUUAACUACAGAGUUCUCUCUUUUUCCUUCUUUAUUUUCCUAUAAAGUCUAAGCAACUGCCUAUAUCAGUGGUGGCACCCUAGCUAUGGCAGCACUCAACCAAUGGGUGCUUUCGUUUUCAUAUAUGGCGUAUUUGUUGAGCUCUCAACUCCUUUGUUGUUUGUCUUCAUAGCUCUCAUUGUUUUAACCAUUUAUUGGUGACUUAUUCCUCCAAGUUAACUGUGUUUUUGUAUAUCGAAGGCCAAGAUCAGGGUAUUGGGACUUUUUUAUUCGACUCGCCAAUGUGUAGAAGUGAAAUUCUUGAGUUGGAAUUCAGCAGGGCUAUCAAAAACUUAUUGUAUUUUCUGCUAACUACUUGUUGGUUUUAUCUUCAUUCUUAGCAAAACCGAUAAGGUUCAAUUAUUUAUUUGGGACUUGAGUACCAUUCGAAAAUGUGUAUGAUUCACCAAUGUCUCUUGGUGUUGUGUUGUAGCUAUCAUCCUUGUUUGAAUGAGUAGAGCCCCCCAAGUAUCCGCUUUCAAGUUGCUUUUCAUAUUUUGUCUUCCCGACUUGGUUGGUUUGUUUGUUUUCCUCUCUGGCUAAUUGUGUCUCUUAAAUCGUCAUUUUACCCAAAAUGAGAUAUGAUUUUGGAUACACAUGCAUGUGGAAAAGAUGCAAUGCAUGUUGCAGUUGGACCUCAUGUAUGGUAAGCGUGCAAAAGUCAUCCACCCCACCUAUCUUGCAAAAUUAUACUUUAUCUACAUCAUUUUUUUAUAAUGUAUGCUUUAUCUACAUCAUGGAGGGCCGAAUUGCCGAGUUCAUCGCUGCUCUAAUGGUCGUACGAGUCCUUCUUCAAUUUGACCAUCCACUUAGUCAUCAAAUAUCUUAACAUACGAGCUAUAAGGAUUAUACCCCAACUUUAUAUAACUUAUUAGUUUUUACUGUAUGCUUUGAGGAGAUUUCUCAAUGAAGAAAUCAACUUAACAGGAAAGAGCGAGAAUAAUGUUACCAUUCAGAUUCUUAAGGAGAAAAAAUCGGUUAUGUCUUCUACAUUUCUAUUAGCCCGAUAUUCGAUAACUCUUCAAAACCUAUUCAUCGGUAUCUUCACUCUCCAAGAUAUAAGGUAUGUCGUGUCGAAAAUGAUAUCUCGCGUCAUCAGCUACUUAAAUGUAUAUUUAUUCAUGUUUCAAAUGCACUUUGGUACUUAGGCUUAUUGUUUUUCCUUUAUGGAUUUUUGGCUUCUUCCUGCAGGUAAUUCAAGAAUGUAGGGAAUUGAAGAUAAUUGUAGGUGAUGUUGCAUCUCUACUUGAAGACUAAGAUUUUGUGUUAACAUCCCAGGACAUGUGUGUCAAUCACUUAGAUUGGUACGCCGUGAUAUUGCUUUCUAUCUUUCCUCCUUUGAUUCGUGAUAGGGAUGGUUGUUCCAAGUUCCAAUAGGAUCCAAAUCCGACCCUCAAAUGACAUGUGAUUACAUGAAAGCACCAAUUGCUAUUGUUUUUGGCUUAACCUAUUCAUAUCAAUUAUGACUCGCCCCACAAUGAACCAACAUAUUUGUCACCUCUAGUUCUUAGGGUUCUUCUCAAUUUCUAGGUUGGGUUUUGAUGCAAGGAAGAAGAUUGUUCACCAUUCCCAAUCACCUCUUAAGACCCCUUUCGAUAUGAUGCAUGGCUAUUGUCAAGUUCAAUAAUUGUAUUUGGUGUGUCGUGUGCGUUGUCUUAGUUUUCAGAGCUAAGCAUGUGUCAACAAAAGUAAUAUAGAAGAAAAUUCAUUGUCAUUUGUGCCACUCUUGCAGACAAUUUCAUGUGUUAAUGUCUCGUGAAAUCUUCCUUUUAUCUCCGUUCAAUACGUUUUUUUUUAUAAAUAAAAAAAAAUUAAAUUGUCCUACUACCUUUAGUUAGUAUAGACAUCUUUGCUUGUUGGUUUGUCUUGUUAAAUUGUGCAGGGGAAGCAUAAGCAAAUAACUGGAAUCUCAAAGACAAUCACGUCGGCACGUAACAUCGAACCAUCUAUGCUUAUCGGUCCAUCCAUUAGCAAAAUUAUAUGGCGCUCAUUUCACUCAUUCCCGAUGAUGGUAUGGUAUGAAGGGUCUAAGGUCGCCAGAUGGCCAACCCAAAAUGGAGUCAACUUGGUAACAAAAAGUGUGGAGGUAGCACAAUGGUCCGCUCUUAAUUGAAAAAGAUUUUGAAGUUCCUGACAAUGACUAAGGUGUUGCGUUUGUCAUGAUGCCACACAUUCUUCCCGGGCUUUUGCUUGCUAUGUUGUUUGUAUAUUUGCCCUUUGACCUUUAUCAUUCUUUUGUGAGAGACUCCAGAGAUAGGAGUAGACAUUCGAACAAGUGUUUCAAUAAUGGUUUGUGAAAAAAAGGAACCUCUAGCUUGAGGAAGUAGGCUGUCAUCCCAACAUUCUUGGCUCAGGCCGGCUAUUUGAUCCCGGCACGAAUCCUCUCUCAUUUCAGUUCGCCAACUGAAAUUCCCCUGGUACAAUUUAAUUAGUUAUGAGAUUGUUGCAGUAAAGGAAAUAACUUGAUUGCUUCCAGUUGAGUCCAGAACCUGAAAUUUUGGGGAUCAUUUUGUUCUGUUGAGUGAACAGAACAAGGAUGCAAGGCGCUUCUUCCUAUCUCCAUUCUACAACCAUGAAUGCGGUUGAGAAGGCUUGUUAGAACCGCAUCAUUGCUCUCCUUAUUGCUGCCAAGAACCUGCAAUUCUUCCUUGACAUAGCAUCGGAACCAUUCUGUCACUUCCACCCUUUUCGCAACAGAACUUACCGCAUUUUCCAGCGGUAACGACAAGGCCUUAUACCUUUGGUUACCUCGAAAUUGGGAAUGAGUGAUAAGAGCGAGCUGAAAGUCCACUGUCUAGCUUUGAACUGAUCAAACUGCACAUGAAGAGCAAAAUUAUCACAUUCCGUUGCUGACUUUGUUCCGGUUGCUGUUCAUUUGUUGUUUGUCUUCCCUAUUUCUCAGUUUUACAUUCUCAGCAUUACAAGUGAAAAAUAAUGCUUCUGUUCAUUUAUACGCUUGUCAUUGUUCUCUUUGUAAAGAUGUAGCAUGGCAGCUGAUGUGGAAACAUUAUUUCACAAAGAAGAAAGAAACGUUUCUUUUAAGCUGAAGUUCCAAUGCUAUAUUCACUUGGCAAAGCGAAAAACAAAAAACGAUGGCAGACGUACCUGGCAAACGUUACUUUACUUGCUGUUGGGUCUUGGUCUGGGUCUGGGUAUCGACUGGAUUUCUUCAUCAUAUUAGUAUUGUCGAGAUGAAGGUUCAACACCUCCACUUACAUACUCUCAUCAGCAUUAAAAUCCAAGUACACGCAGAAAUAGGUGGCUGACGUGGAUGCCUUAAGAUUUCAAUAGGGAUUACGUGUCAUAGGUGCAAAUAUAAAAGGCCUUUAGUAUAUUUUAAGAUGAGUAACUCGUACCCGUUGCAAUGCAUGAUAUCAACCAAAUUAUCUGAAACCAGUCUAGUCUCUCUUGGGCAAUUAAUCGAACAGGGAGGGGGCACGAAAAAUGUGGGAAAACAAAGGAAGGAUUACCUUAAGAACGAUGUAGGGGUUGAACACGACCUCGUCGGGAGGAAAUCCGGCUUCAAGUAGUCGAGGGUAUUAGCGGUGCCGUGAUGUAUGGUUUCCAUGGCAGUCUGUUCUACUCGGUGGCGGCUUGAAGGAACCAACAGCGGUAGCAUUCUCCCCAUUCUUUCCAGCUGAAUAGGGUCGGAGAAUCAUCAUGAAUAUGGAAACUUGUGAUUACCGACUUACGGGCUUGCUCCAGCGGUGGAAGACGAUUGGCGAACGGAAUGAAUGAGGGCUCGUUCCGGCCUCCGGGACCAAAUAGCCGGCGAGUGUUGAGCGAAGAAAUAUGCACUAGAGAAAGAUUAUUCUUACACGCAACAAGACAUAGCUUUUACUUGUUUAAAUAACAAUGUUUGUAAGCAAGAAACCAACAAAGAUGCAAUAGGUUUUCUCUCGAAAGGCGAGAGGUCAGAGAGGCGGCGGAAACCCUAGGUUUUCCGAAAGCUGUUUGAGGUUUUUCUUUUGUGUUAGGAACGGAAUACAUCACAUCUCCUUUGUACAGGAGCUUUAAAGGAUGACCUUUAAGCCCCUUGCGUGAAGAAGAUUGGCUUUUGAUUCAGAAAGCGGGAGUACAAGGUCUAUCUCGGUUUGUUAACAGAGCGAACAUCAAGGACGAAGAGAAGAGUGUCUCAAGCAAGUGAUACUCGAGGAUUAUUGGUUUGUUGAGAAUGGAAUCAACAAAUCUUAAAGCAAAAGAAACAACUGGGGGGGGGGACGAUGAAGGGGGAAUCUUCAACCCUACAGCAGGUCUAAAAGAGAAGCUAAACCACAUCAAUCUGGAUGAAGAUGAGGACGAACCACUGGAGGUAGCAGAUGAGGACGUUGAUGUGGUCAGAAUGGAGGCUGUUCGUCAUCUGGGACUGGUGGGAAGGUUGCUGUCAGAGAAGGAACCAAACAUAAAGUCACUAAAAUAUGCCUUGACAAAAGCAAGGGGGCUAAAGAAAGGAUAUCAGAUUACCGAGCUAGGGCAUAACCUUUUUGCCUUCCAGUUUUUGGAGCUUGAUGAUCGCAACAAAGUCUGCUAUGGGGGGCCAUGGCACUACGAGAACAAUGCGAUGCUGUUUACAACAAGUUGGUGGAUCAAGAAACCAACACCCGCAAACCUGCAUAAGAUGGAAAUAUGGAUUCAGAUUAAAGAGUUCCCAGCUGAACUUAGAACACAAUCAAUGGCAGAGAAAAUAGUGAACAGAAUUGGUGAGUUUGUCUAUUUUGAUGAUAGCUCUAAGAAACUAUGGGAUGAUUUCCUAAGACUCAGAGUAAGCAUAUCUAUCAAUAACCCCUUGAAGAAAAAGAUCAAAUUGAAUGUGGGAGGGGAACUGAUGGAAUUCUUGGUCAAGUAUGAGAAGCUACCCCUCUUCUGCCACUCUUGUGGUAGAAUAGGACACAUUAAAACCCGAUGCCCUCAACCAUCCCAGCUGAAGGUUGACCCAUUUGGCUUUGAUCUACGAACAGCCCCUCCUGUGCCGAGAAACUGGCUGUCGCAUAGAGCAAAGAAAGAAGAAGCAAAUAUCUGGAGCCAGCUUCGAAGAAAAUUCGACAUGGAAAGUUCUGGUUCAAACUCUGAAAAAGAUACAUCAACUCGACAAGAAGACAUGCAGGCUGAAAUGGAGUAUAAUCUGAAUAACAAAAAUAGGGACCCCAUGGAUACUGGGUUGGAUACAAAGAGACUGCAGCCAGAUAGGGGGGGGGGAAGAAACCGAAAAGUGGGACACAUGGUGAUGUUGCUGAAAAGGAUAUCUUAGAAAUGGGGAAGAAGCCAACUAGUGCUUUGAUGUUAAUAGGGGCAGUAAAGAAAUUCUCUGCAAAAGAGAGAAUGGAUAAGGCACAGCGUAGACCCAUUGGGAAAGUAUGGAGGCGCCAAGACCAGGUGCGCAUUCGAGAGGUGAAUCCAACCCAUCUCACUCCACAGAAGCGUACAAUGGAACAACAAGAAGAGAUAGGAGAACAGAGAGAGAAUACCAAUGCACAUCAGAAGAAAGCAAAAACUCUUGUGUUCACAGACAUGACAAGACAGACGCUUGAUAAACAAAUGCAAGACAGGGAACAUGGGCAUGACCAGCCUAAGGGUAGCAGUGACAAGGAGAUGCUAAUUACUGAGAAUGAAAACCCGAGAGGGAGACAGGAGGCAAGGAACACAAAUAAAGUUACUACCAAUGAACAAAUGGUUGGUGGAGUGGCGGACCCUGCACAGAGCCAGGGCCGCCCAGCCCAAUGAGCAUCAUCACCUACAACUGUCGUGGUCUGGGGAAUCCCACGACAGUUGCAAGAGUAGCUGAGCUACUAAGAGAGCAAGACCCCAGCAUAGUUUUCCUGAUGGAGACUAAAAAACAGGAACAUGAGUGGGAGGACACCAUCAAGCAACUAGGAUGGUCAAAAGGAAAGGGUGUGGGAUCUAGAGAUCGUGCAGGAGGUUUACUACUACUAUGGAAGGAGGAGAUUAACGUUACAAUCAAAGUGAUGACGCGUAAUUACAUUGAUGCCUGGAUCACUGAAGGUCCAGAGGAAGAGAAGUGGCGACUAACUGGUAUCUAUGGCUGGCCUGAACAGGAAAAUAAAUCCCAAACAUGGGAUCUAAUCAAGCGAUUGAGUGACAAGUAUGACAUGCCAUAGAUUCUAUGUGGGGACUUUAACCAAGUCCUAAGAUAUGAAGAAAAGAAUGGUGUUAACCCACCUGACAUUCACAUGGAAGAAUUUCAAGCUACCCUUGAUGAAUGCCAUUUGGUAACAUGUUCACAUGGGACAAUGGGAGAAUAGAUGAAACUUUUUUGGAACAGAGGCUGGAUAGAGCAGUAGCAAAUACUGCCUGGAAAGAAUGGUUUCCUGAGAAUCGGGUUUACAUCUGAAUAGAUGGGUUUCUGAUCAUUUGCCGAUAAGAAUAGAGCUGAACUUACAAGAGGAGAAAGUAAGAUGGGGAUGGCACUUCAAAUUUGAAGCAUACUAGCAAAACCAUGAAGAAUGUUCUGAGGUUAUCAAAACAGAAUGGUGCAAAGAUCCAGACAAACCUCUAGAAGACCGGAUUAAGGAUUGUGAAACAGCACUGAUGGCUUGGAGUAAAAAAACUUUCGGAAGUCUGAAAGCCAAAAGGAAGAGAAUUGAAAAAGCUCUGACAAAAAUAGCCAAACAGAGAAAAAACAAGGCAGUCCUACUACAACGAAGAGAACUGGAGAGGGAACUACAUGAAAUCCUAGUCCAGGGUGAGAUUAAAUGGAAGAAACGCUCUAGGAACGACUGGCUUAAGGAAGGUGAUAAGAACUCUGGUUUCUUUCAUCGAAAGGCAUCUAAUAGACAAAGAAGGAACACGAUAAAGGUGUUGACUGAUG